UCCUUAUUCAGUCCUCUCUUUUUCCCUCUCUCUCUCACUCACCCACUCUCUCACUCUCUCACUCUCACUCUCACUUUCUCUUUCUCUCUUUCUCACGAUGGGCUUUCCGCGGUUCCUUCGCGCCGGUUCGUUCGGCCACGCGUUCCAGCAGUCGACCGUGUACAUGCGCAAGAUGCUGCUCGGGAUGCACAUGCGCCACCUGCGCAAGAUCAAAAAGCUCGACCUGCUCACCCCGCACCUCGUCCCAAAGCCAAAGCUGCGCAAGGGCGACAAGGUGCAAAUCGUCGGCGGUCCGCACAUUGGCCAACGCGGCGAAGUCGUCUCCAUCUACCGUCGCAGCGGCCGCAUCACCGUCGCAGGCGUGAACAUGGUCAACCGUACCUUGAAGACUGAAGCCAUCGGCGUGCCAAUGAAGAUGCCAUCGCCAAUCUUGUACAAGCACGUCAACGUUAUCGACCCGGUGCUCGACAUCCCGACGCGUAUUCGGUACGCUCGAGCACCGUCUGGCAAGCGAAUCCGCAUCGCUGUCAAGUCUGGAGCAUUCCUCAAGUCCAACAAGAAGCAGCGCAUCCUGAAACAUGCUUCUCAACUGACCUGGACAGACAAAAACUCGUACAAGACUUCAUCCGGCUUGGACGCUAGGGAAAAGACUUUUGUUGUUGACACCGUUCCAUUCCACGCUGCCAUCGUCAAGUCUAUCGGCGCUCAUCUGCGCCACGUCGAACAAGGCUUGCACGCCGCUCAGCAGACCUCCGAAGCGUCUACAUCAGCAACGUCGUCUCCAUUCAAACUCAGUCCAGAGGCCACAAUGCGACUUGCAAAGCGCUUGCCGGUCGCCGCUGCUUCUGUUGCUUCACAACGCGAGCCAAUGAACGCGCCGCGACUACCAGCUCGCAAACGUCCCUCUGCCUCCUCUGCAAAGCCAUCUCCUCGGGAUUCAAGUUCACUGCCUCGUUUGUAACAAUGCCAAACUAUUUUGUACAAGAACAAUGUCAUAGCUUUCCAUAAAAAGAGUGGCUC